ACAUGCUAUCAUUAUAGCUACCUUGUCUCCUAUUCAUCAGGUUAUUGUUGCUACCCCAGGGUUACUAGGUAGAACCUGUCAAACUGAAGCUAUCCUAAAAUGGUCCAUAUAUAAUUAUAGCUACCUCGUCUCCUAUUCAUCAGGUUAUUGUUGCUACCCCAGGGUUACUAGGUAGAACCUGUCAAACUGAAGCUAUCCUAAAAUGGUCCAAGGCCCAGCUGUGUGUAACAUGCAUUGUUACACAUAGUUUUGUCUGCUGCAACGCACAAAGAUAGUAUAUUAUAGUACACUCACCAUGUGAUCCUUUUGUGCUGUUGCUAGAAGUAUUAGCUAAACAACAAAGAAGUAUUCAUUAUUGCUACUUGCAUACAAUCAGACAUUUUAAUCUCUGCAGUAAAAGAGGCUGAAAAUCAAACUGUAACUAUAUACAGCUAAAGCUACUGAUACACUCUGCGUAUAUAGAUUUAUUCUUCGAAAAUCGUUCGCAUUGUCACUUCAGUAACUUACACAAAAUAGCGCCGGGGAGGUGGCGCGAUGAGGCAACGCUCAUCUCGCGAUCACUGCACUUAGCACCGACUUCGUGACUGAGCGAACCAGCCCACACACACCGACGACGGCGUUCACGAUCUGAGUGUGCGCGCGCACGCGCACUAAUCACGCGCGUAGUUAUGCGCAUGCUCAUUAAGCGAUUUGUUAUUCUCCAGCAUGGAGCCAGUCCCAAAAUUCUGCCCUGUUUACAUAAAACACAACACUUUCGACAUUGGCACACUAUAAAACACUCAUGCAGCCACUCAGUAAAACCAAUCCAGCCAAGCAGUCAAUAGCCAGAUGGCACAGCCUAACCCCUGCAAGAUAAAUUUCCAGGGGCAGAAUGGUGGCUACGUCAUGAUUAACGAUGAGGGGACCCUGAGUGUCUCUACCACUGAUGAACCUGGCAAUGAUAAUGUCAUCUUUGAGAAACAGCGUGUGACCUGGACCGAAAACAGCGAAGAGAUAGUGACUUUCAGAAGUUAUCUGGACAAGAGCAAAUACCUCUGUGGAUAUGAACAUGGACACAUUGUAACUGGAAAGCCUCAAUUCAUUUGUGAUACGUUGCAACCUGGUCCUUCUCACUGGGUACUGAAGAGCUAUGCUGAUCUGACAACAGAUGCAGACACUGACAGCAACAAAAGUGGCAGGGUGGCCCUCUACCAUCAAUACACUGGCUGUUACUUCGUAAUAAAGCACGAUCCACACAGCAGCACCGAUUUUCGUCUCUCUAACGUCGAUGAUGUGCCUGACUACGGAGCAUUUGUUCUUGAGAAAAUCUAAUACACUGACUCCCCUUUCAACACUUUGGAUUGGCAUUUACCCCCUGGAUUGGCAUUCACUUCAAUAGAAGUAGAUAAACUCUAAUGAGAUAGUAAAAUUAUUAUAGGUGAUGCAUAAAAUGUAAACAUAAAAACUAUUUGGAGUUUCAACAGAGAAGUCAUAAAUGCUGGAACUAUAUUAUGUAUUAUACUGUGCAUUAUGGUCAACUUUUGGACCACAACUCAAGAACGAUAAUGGUGAAAUAGAUGAUACUUAUGUAAAAUGUAGCAAAUGAAACUGUUGCGUUGAAUCAGAGUUCAAGAAGGAGGCGGACAGGACGUGUGGUUAAAAUACUUGCAAGAUUUUCCAUCCACUUCAUGGUGACCAACUCAGAGCCUGCACUGUAGACGCGGUAUAAGUGGUAGUUUUGCUUUUCCUUAUCGGCAAACUGGAGCUCGUUCCACGAGAACUGCAUGAAUUCCUUUUCAGCCGAUAUUGUGCUUUUCACCUCGAUGUACAGCACGGUUUGGGGCUCAAUCUGCACCUCUAUAUCAUAGGGUUCACCUGUCUCGCUGGUUUCAUUUAUCCACGUGACUGAUAGAAUCCGCUGCCCACUGGGAAGUUGACUAGCGGCAGUGAGGAACUUGUACACGUACUCUUCACCCCAUCUCCCUAUCCGUUCCUGAGAUUCCUGGUCGCACGAUUCCAUAAACGACCGAUUCAGUAAAUCCUCGGGCGAUUCUACUGAAACUGGUUUAAGAGCUGAUGCAACACUGAAGGACCCUUGUGCAAAUAGAGCAGCAUCUGGCCUAAGGGUUUCAUGCCACCUUCGCUCCCUUCUCUCUCCUCCAGUUGCCUUUCCACUGUGUCUCUCCAAGUCUUCGUGGGGAGAGUCUUUUUUUCUAUGAACAGCGCCAGCUUCUCUUCUAUCAUGUACCACGUCAUCCUGCUCAUUUCUAUGUUCAUCUUCUUGUUGUUGCUGUUGUUGUCCUCUGCUUCCCUCCCUUGACUGCCUACCAUCCCUUGCCCCUUCAGCUGAUGCCUGUCUAUCGAGAUUUGGUGCCACAGAGUCACUUCCCUGCCUGUCAUUUGUAGAGCUAAUGCUAGGGGCAGUCCUACUAUCAGCUCUGCUCAGUUUGGGAUGUUCAUCCUCAGCUUCCCCAUGCUCAUGAUCGGCUCUGCUGGGUACUCUAGCCACCCCUCUCCUCCCCAUGGCGUACUUCUCAGAGAUCUUCCUAAUGUCAUCUUCUCCCACAACGUCUGCCUCUGCGCAGCCAGGCGGAGGUGGUUUGGGAGGGUACCUGGAAGAUCCACCGACCGAAACCGGGGCUUUGGGUGGCCAGCUCCUCAGAGCAUCGGUAUCUGGUUCAACACCGUCCCUUUCUCCCGUUUCCAUUCCCUCACCGUCCGGACUUGGACCAAGUUCAUAGUAUUCUUCCAGUUCACUUUCUGAUGACGGUUCAGGUUCUUCGUCAAAGGGAAUAAUCCACGCACUGUCAGCAUCAACCUCCCCAAACGUAUACGGAGUGUCAUUUGGGAUGCUCUCUAGCUCUCCCACUGGCGUCAUAAGCAUGUCUUUGACAAGGCUUUCAAACUGGGUAAGGUUUACGAACUUACUGCCACUUUUCCCGGAGAAGAUUUUGACAAGGGUGGGGACUAAGGCCUUUGGGUUCUCGACUUUACUGGCGACAACAUACAAGGCAGCACUGUCGUAUUCGGUGCUGUCAAUGAAAUCACUACCAGGCGAUGUCUGGGAAGGACUGGUGCAUGAGAACCCACGGUGCUGAAUGGAGUACGUGCACUUGAGCGAAAGGACAGAGCCAAUGAACAUUUUCUCAAGCUUUUCCUUCAUGUUUUCACGCAGUAUAGACUGGUAGAGUUCAUCUUCGUUGGCGAUUAAAUACCUCUGAAGCAGGGGAACCAUUCCGUGUAGACGUCUUCGCAAGUCAUCAAGACGCAUGACCAUACCGUCAUGAAACACACUAGACUGAACCACUUCGCUCAGCUUGGCAAUACCAGCACACGUAUCAAUAAAGUGCUUCCUCUCUUCCUCUUUCUGCUGCUCUUCACUGUGUCUGUACCUUGGGGCCUUCUUGUGAAUUGCCACCGGCCACUUGAGAAAGUGUACACCCUUGCACUCGGUGAAAUUUUUUUCCAACUUCGAGUCGUCGUUUUCGAGCAAGCAGGAUUCCACUGAUACGUCUAGUGAGACCCAGAGGUCUCUGUGGGAAGGGAACACUUUGCCUUCUCUCAGUUGCUGCUGGAGAAACUGUGGGGUGAUAAGACCGCUCAUGCACACGCGGGACAGAUGCAGAGCGAUACUCGUGAAAUCGUUGAUGUGGUGUUUUUCAGGUAUUGGAGCCAGGGAACUGUUGUAUUGGAGGGCCGUUAUAUAAGCAGCUGCAGUGGGAACUUCGCGCACGCAAAAAUGUUUAAGAGCCAUCUGUAACUCCAGGUAUUUCUGUGAACCCCCGUCCCCACUAGCGUAGUAGAGCUGUAGAACCUUUGGUAGAUCUGAGGGGAGUUUGUGGUUGUACUGCUGUUUGGAGUAUAGCACCCCACUUGGAUCUACCCAGCAAACACUGUGCACUGAAUAAAACUGCCCCCUAACAUUCUCCGUGGCGGGCAUAUUACUGUCGUACACGUCGGGCACAAAUAUUGGGGUCUGGUCGCUACUCGAAAGCCUAUCUACAAUACUGCUUCCUCCCUGGCCCCCACGGUACAUCUGCUGGGAUUGCUGGUACAGAAACAAGUAGACCUCUGUCAUGUGAGCAACGCUGGCUUUGAACUGUGCCCCCGGAGAAGACGCGGCCUUUGCCCACUCUUGAAGAAAACACACCAUCUCGUCCACGCCCACCUGACAUCGCACCUGAAGUAGCUCCAAAAGUUGGGGAUUUUUUAUCUCGCAUGCAACGUACGGAACGUGGCAGUUGAGAAGCCUCUGGUUGGCUCUGGACCUGUCAAAUAGUUCCCGACCCUUAUAAAGUUGGUUAGGUUUCCCGUAAGGCUUUUCGCUCGGAAGAGAAACGCCCGGAAGCCAAGCUAGUUCCUUGAGCGCGUGAUGAAAUGCUGAUGGUAAGCUCUGGUCUCCACCUAGAUAGUUUUCAUUUGAGCCGUUGUAGCACUUGGCGAAGGAAAACUGGCGGUAUUCCUGGUCCCAUAGCUUGUCGAGAAGACGCAGCAGCUCCACCAUUUGCUGGUGUGUGUUACCUCUCCGAGAGGUAGUAGCGACGGAUCUAACUAUCUCUUCAAAUUCACUGCAUCGAUAGUCGCGCAGGGUGUAUGCUCCGUCGGGGGACCGACCGACAAAAUCUCUAAGUUCCUGCCAUCUCUCAUGGCC